AAGGGGGUGCACAGUGGCAAGAGCAUCGCUCUGCUGGCCGGUCUGGGUGUGCCUGCCUCAGCACGUCGAGGGUGGGGGUGAGGGAGAGCGGCUCCGUGGGCACGAGCCGGCUCCCACGUGGCUGCAGUCGUCGCAACAGGGCUCCAGGGUGGCUGCAAACGUGGAGGCGGCCCAGACCCUAGGCCUGCGGCGCGGGGAGGCCUGGAGGUUGUAGGGUCUGGGGUCUCUGCCGGGCAACCACCAUUGUUAGUGCCACCGCUAGGGUGGUCUCCCGCUCCCUUGAAACGUGGCCUGACACGAAAUCCCAUUCUCCGGAGGUGAAUUUUCUUUUAAAACUAGGGAAGAGGAAAGAAGCUAGCCAACAUCCCUCAUGGCUAGGGCAUGUGCCAAAUCACCGGCCCGCGGUGGGCCUCUACUUGGUGUUCCUAGCCACCACUCUCCAGGGAGGGAUGGAAGCAGAGCAAAGGACCUUGCUCACCCCGGGGAGCUGAAUCCCAGGCCAGAUGGGAGCGACCCAGCUCAUUGUUUGGACCACAGUGCUCCUUUCUUGUCUGUGCACAAUGCUUUGCCUGUGUGGGGUGGCAUGGAGGUUGGCCUGCAAAGAGACCAGUGCCACACGGAGGUGCGCUGCCCAAGGGAGCUCCUCAGAUGGCUGCUGAGUCAGAGGAAAUGACCUCUGGCUCCCCUCCCGCCCUCCCCUCAUCGGGCAGUGUGCUAGACAGAGAAAUGGCCCCCCUGCCAGUAGAACCUGACUCAGCAGAUGCCAGUCCUGACCACAGGCUUCACAUGUAGCAUCCCUGAAACCACGACCUACCACCCCUAGGUUCCGUUUUCUAUUCAGUGAGGCAUCCGGGGCCCAGGAUCUGGGGCAUUUGAGGCCUUGGCAGAAGAUGCCCUUAAAUGGAUGUUACCUGGGAAGUCAGGCAGAGAGACCUGGGCUUAGUCACAGGUUCCCUUCAGUCUUUAUCUGCUCUGUGUGCGGUCUGUGUGCAUCCACAGUCCCCAAUCCUUACAGCCAGUGUGCAAGGUGCAUUUAGCAUUCCUGUUUAGAGAUAAGACUCCUGGGGCUCAGGAAGGGAAGGGAUUUGCCCCCCAAGGUCAAGCAAACUAGAAAGCAGUGGAGCUCCGUUUGUCUUGCAGGCUCCUCGGCUGACAUACCCCCUCUUAGCCAUGUGAUCCAGGCAGGAAAGACUCCCAGAGCUUGCCAGAGGAACAUUCCUAGCCUUCCUUCAUGUUCUUGCAGCGAGGAAGUUGCCCGUCUCCAGCCUUGGAGCACCUCUCCUUCCUGCUGAAUCAGCUGGCUUCCUCACAUGUAGCACAGGGCGUGCUAUUGAUAGGCUGUGUUCGUGCCUCCCUCCUCCAUUUUCUCUCUGGCUGAGUUGAAGCCUCUGUCUGGCUACCUUACCCUCUGGGAGCCUCUCAGCCCCUGCUCUCUGGUGCAUAGGCUCUCUGGCUUUUACAGCGUCUAUCUCUAAUUAUGAGACAGUCUGGCCAACACAGACCCAGACAAGUGCUAGGAACCUGUGGUUGGCCAGGCCAGCUCAGAGGCUGGGAACCCAAUGCCUCCACGGGCCACAGGGGCAAUGGCAUGAGUGAUGUGGCCAGGUUCCUGCUCAUGAGUUAAUGUCGCCACACAGCAUGUAGACUUUGUGUGUCUAGAUUAUCUAGUGUUUUUUUAGAUCAAGCAUAAAGAGUGACCUUUGUGUAAACAUUGGGAAAAGUGACUAUGGGAAAGAUUGUUAGCCAUUGGCCAAUAGAACAUUUUUGAAUUGCAUUAAAGUUGACGCCGCACACAGCCCAUAGUAAGGUGGGGGUGAUUUCUGCUGGAGCAUCCCCGUGGGGCAGGCUGCUGGCCUUCAGUUGGUCCCACCCAAGUGUGCACACUGAAGUGUUUUCACGUCCCUUGUGCCCCCACGCUUGAUUGGGCGCGUUUUGUUUCAGGUUUAUUCACUUUCUGUGCGAGUGUUCUGCCUGCACCCAUGUCUGUGCACCGUGUGUGUUUAGUGCCUGUGGAGGUCAGAAGGCAGCAGAUCCCCUGCAACUGGGGUUCCAGACCCUUGUGAACCUUUCUGUGGGUGCUGGGAACAGAGCCCACGCCCUCUGCAAAAGCAACACGUGCCAUUAACCGCCGAGCCAUCUCACCAGGCCCCUAGGCAGGCCUCAGCAUCCCUGUUCUACUGUUGGUGUGGGGCUACAAUGGGAGCACAUGGCUCAGUUAGGUAGAAACAGGAUUUGAACUCAUGCUUCCUCUCAGUGCUUGACAUAACACAUUGCUCCUUACAAGACAUGAGCAUUCUCUUUCCCCACCCUGUGGCCUCCUCCCUUGCAAGAACAGAUCAUCACAUCCUGCAUGAAGGAUGGAGAAACAGGGAGCCACAGGAAUGAGCUUUCCACGAGUCUGGGCUUUUACUGCCUUGCCCCAUUCCUCCCACACUGCCCCUGACAGGGCCAGAGCUGAAAAUGAGGGCCCAAGGAAAUUCUUCGUGUCUGCACACCGACCGGGGCUCCGGGCUCUGAUGUCCUUGUGCUGGGGUAGGCCACAGACACAGGUCAGGACCUGGCUGAGCCUUUUUUGAGCUGAGGCUAUGGUAGAGUCAUGCAAGGCUGACUUUGGGACGCAUUGUUGUGAGGAAGAGGAAUAGAAAUGUCCCGUGUCUCCCUGACAGGCCUUUCCUGCCAGGACUGGGUUGUGCAGCCUUCAAGGCUUCCCAGCCAGCUAAGGCUCUACCUCUUGAGUGUUGCUGGGCUCACAAGUGUGAGAGGCUGGUGGUGGCAAGGACAGGGUGACGGCUGCUUUCCUCCCUGGCCUCAGCACACCACUCUACAUUUUGGUGCUGUCUCCUUUCCUGGUCUCUAUCUCAGGCUCACAUCCACAGUAUAAGCUUGUCACAAGUUAUGACACAGACCUCUUGCUCCCAGGGCCUCCAUAUCACUUUUCCUUGUAUUCAUAGAUGGUAGGGUUUUUAAUUUGGUUACAACCCACCCAAGUGCCAGUCGUGGCACACACCUUUAAUUCCACUGCUUGGGCGGCAGAGGCAGGAAGAUCUCUUUUGAGUUCCAGGCCAGCCUGAUCUACAGAGUGAGUUCCAGGACCACCAGGGCUACAUAAGACUGUGUCUUGAAAAAGCAAAACAGAACCUACCCCUGGAGGGCUAAGGGCUGGGCGGUCACUUUUUCUUCCCAUGAUAUUUUUCAAGAAUUUAGUAUAUGCUGACCAAGCUCCUGAAGGGGUGGGUCCCUUCUCUCACAGUUCAAACAUCCAAUGGUACCUGGACAGGUCAAGUCACUGUAACAAGUAGCUUUCCGCUCCUGUGUGCCAGGCGAGCAAGCCUUUGUUAAGACUGUGGAGCAUUCCAGGAUCACUGGGCAGGGCAGUGAGGGUAGCUCAGGCUAGACAUGUCCAGGGAACAGGGGAGGAGGCCAAGAGGCCCUGGCAGGAACUCCUCGAGGCCAUGCUCUGGGCCACAUGUUUUUCUGGCAGAGCAUCUGUUGAAAAAUUGUUAGAAAUUUGAACUCUGAAGCCAGGUGUGGUGGUUUUUGCCUGUAACCUCAGCUUUUAGGAAGAAGCAAGAUGAUUGUGAGUUCAAGGCUACCGUGGGUGACCUAGUGAGUUCAGACGAUGGUGGUGGAUCUGGACAAGCUCCCCUCUGUGUAUUUCAGACACUUGUACAAGCUUCUGAGGUGCCAGUCCGAAACACCCACCCUAUCCCCCAGCCCCAAAACACACAAUUCUGUGACCUUUGCAGAAUUUAGCUCACUCCUUACCACAGCGGUGAUUCAUGAGAAAACAGGCAGCACAGUGGUUAGGAAACACCUGGGGCCUGGCUUUUAUCCCAGGAUGGUCUAAGGAAACCCAGCAAAGCCCCAAGCCCAUAAUGCUGCACAUUAAGAGGGAAUCCUAAAUAUUGUUUAAUAACAUACAAGAAUAUAAGGUGGGGAAAAGAGGAAAUGCAGAAAAGGAAUCCUUUGGCAGAGGGAAAGAUGGAGGGCAUGGUUCUGGGUGGACAGGGAGGAGGUGGGCAAGUACAGGUGUUUGCUAUCAACAUUGUGGAGACAGUGAGACAACAUGAGGGGCUGAGACCAAGACUCUAGGUCUGAGUCUCUGGGUCCUCCACACACACUAGGGCCAAAGCAUGCACAGAGGCAGGGAAGAGCUUGGGGCAGAGGUCUUUGAAAAGUCUGGCCUGUUCAAUAGAGCAUUUCAAAAGAUCUGAAUGACCCUCUUGGUGUUUACAAGCCGAACAACUACUGUGGACUGUCCAGGAGGGACGCUUCAGGCUGGACUGUGGCCCUCUGUGGCCUGGCGGGAGAGCUAGAGCCGGACUGUUUGUCGGGCAGCUCAGUGGCACGCUCCCUGGCCCAGAGUUUGCCAGAGCAGAGGCUGUUGACACUUCUUGCAGCAGCACAGACUUGGGGUUUAUUCUUUGGCGUCUGGCCCAAUGCCCAGGCUGUGAGCUAGGUGCCCUUGGGGCAUAUUUCUGUACUGUGUUCUCUGCAGAUCUUGAAGUACUUCCCCACUCCCUGGGCUACACCACAGGUGGUGUGGAGCUUGGACAGGCCAGAACAGGACACACAUUUGGCCACAGGUUAACCCAGCUCCCAGGUGUUCUCACGAGCUGGGCGCCAACAGGCGCUGGGGCCUCAUCCACAGCUCAGCCCAUGAGGUGGACAGCGGCUGGCCACAUACAGACCGGACCUUAGCACCUCCUCUUCGCUGUGUGACAUGAAAUGAGGUGAUGUGAAUGUUCCCGUGAUCGUGCAUGGAGCCAGGUGUGGAGGUGCAGGCCUUGAAUCCCAGCAAUGGGGAGGCAGAGGCAGGUGGACAGCUCUUGAGUGUGAGGCCAGCUGGGACAUAGUGACACCCUGUCUCAAAAACAACAAAAAUCUCCAAGGAAAGAAGGAACAACUUCUGAUGACCCUGGCAGAUUAUUUUUAAAGCUUCCUUUUAUUUAUAUGCUCUCGGAGGGAACCAUGAUGUCACGUUGUCCAUGAUGGCCGUUCUUUUGGGCCCAAGCCAUCUUUGCAGUUGCAGACCUGCACCAUUGCCCCCAGCUCUUGACAGAUGCUUCUAAUUUAGCAAGCUUCGUUCCCUCCAACCACAGAAAUACAUUUUUUGACCCGGGACUGUUUCUGCCCUUUUGGCUGAAGCCUGCAGAACAUUCCUGUUCCUGAGGGCUCAAGGAAAGGAGAACAACAGAUUUAAUUAACUCCCAGUGACUGGCAGCAUCGUGUUUUUAUCUGGGCUGCGUCACCAUGGCAGCCUCAUGGUGGGGUUGUGGAGGGGGCGGGCAGAGCUAUUGUUCCUACCCUUGUCUGCUCUGGAACGCAGGCCCAGGAGGACAGGACUGGCAUGGUCACCAAGGGACACAUGGCUAAAGGCAGCCAGAGAGUCAGACAGGAGCCAUCUGGGGAGCCGGGGUGGCCAAGGCCUGGCACCCUUUCAGCCUGGGUCUUAAGCUGAUUGUGGGCACCAAAGCUGAGAGAGUGUGGGUGUGCCAAGGGCAGGCGGUUGUUUGGAGCGCCUGGAAAACCAUACUCGGCACGAGCUCAGGCUAGGGCUUUGCGGCUAGGCCUAAGUUCAAAUUAGCACUGCCAUCUGUACAGUUAACUGCUCUUCCAGUUCUCAGCCGAGUUGGAAACAAUUUGUUCCCUGUGUGUGUGUGUGUGUGUAUGGUGGUAGGGGGAGGUUGUGUUAAAGUCCUGAUAGAAGGCAUUCAGGAAAGGCCCGUUUCUGUCCCAUGAGGAUGGUGGCCGGUCUGUUGCUGGCUGCCCACAACUAAGCAGUCAGAGAUGCCCUCAGACUCCUGCUGAGGUAGGAGGUGAACCUUAGAGACUUUAUAGUGAGUGUAGGACUAGGUGGUUCCGAAAGAAAGACAAACCUAAUUUUCCACCCCUCUGCAGAGGGGGAAAGGAAUUAGUGGAAGGAAAAGGGAGGGCUGGAAGCAAGAGAGGUGCAGCCAGUGGGGUUUGCGCAUGAGUAGGUGGUGCGGGAAGUCGAGUUGGGGCUGGAAUCCGGCUGGCAGAGGCGCGCAGAGGAAGGAAAGCGGGCCUGGCCCACGCCCAGCACAAGGCUUCAGGAGCAGACAAAGGCAGGGCCGGCGGCGUGCAGCGGCAGCCGCUGCCAGCCUCGCAGGCGUGGCCAACAGCUGGAAGCAGCGCGGAGCAGAAGCUGGGCGCCAGGCGGGCUGCUGGUCGCUCGCGGCCCCGGGUGAGGUGAGCCCGCGCCGGCCGGCGCCAUGGAAAGGAGAGGGAGCCCAGGUUGUCCCCCGCCGGCGUGCGCGCCCGCUGAGCCCCGUCGCAGGCAGCCCCCGGCCGCGGGUCCCCGAGCGACGCUGGCGGCACCUGGGAGCGGGGCGCGGCCCCGGGGCCCCGCCGAGGAGCCCCGCGUCCAGUAAAGCUGCCGAGGCCCCGCCGCUCGCGCCGCAGCCAUGGUGAUGUCCCAGGGCACCUACACGUUCCUCACGUGCUUCGCCGGCUUCUGGCUCAUCUGGGGUCUCAUCGUCCUGCUGUGCUGCUUCUGCAGCUUCCUGCGCCGCCGCCUCAAACGGCGCCAGGAGGAGCGGCUGAGGGAGCAGAACCUGCGCGCCCUGGAGCUGGAGCCCCUGGAGCUGGAGGGCAGCCUGGCCGGGAGCCCCCCGGGGCUGGCGCCGCCGCCGCCGCCGCACCGCAGCCGUCUGGAGGCGCCCGUGCACGCGCACCCGCACGUGCACGCGCACCCGCUGCUGCACCACGGGCCGGCGCCGCCGCACGCGCACCCGCACCACCACGCGCUGCCGCACCCGCCGCCGCCGCACCUCUCGGUGCCGCCCCGGCCCUGGAGCUACCCGCGCCAAGCGGAAUCGGACACGUCCAAGCCGCCGUGCUACGAGGAGGCGGUGCUGAUGGCCGAGCCGCCGCCGCCCUACAGCGAGGUGCUCACGGACACUCGCGGCCUCUACCGCAAGAUCGUCACGCCCUUCCUGAGCCGCCGCGACAGCGCGGAGAAGCAGGAGCAGCCGCCGUCCAGCCACAAGCCCCUGUUCCUGGACCGCGGCUACAGCUCGGCGCUGCACCUGCCCAGCGCGCCGCGGCCCGCCGCGCCCUGCCCCGCCCUCUGCCUGCAGGCCGACCGCGGCCGCCGCGUCUUCCCCAGCUGGACCGACUCGGAGCUCAGCAGCCGCGAGCCCCUGGAGCACGGCGCCUGGCGCCUGCCGGUCUCCAUCCCCUUGUUCGGGAGGACUACAGCCGUAUAGGGGGGCGUCCGGCGCCCCGGGCCCCGCGGGCGAACUCCUGGCCGACCGCGGGGCUUUUUAAAUGCUUCCCUUGGACCGCGGGGAGGGGUGGGGGGAGGGCGGGAUUUCUUACCCUGUUUGUUACAUUUUGAGGAUAAUAAAGGUGUGUGAUCUGCUUUGGUACAAG